AUGAAGGGCGAGCCAAAACAAGAACCAGAAAAAUCUUCGAAUCCCGUAAGUCGAUUUUAUUUUGAAAAAAAAUACACGUGUUUUUUUGCAGUUUCAAAAGCUUCCCUACGAAAUGAAUGAGAUGAUUUUGAAAAAUGUGGAUCCAAUUUCAAUGCUCAAUUUUGGAAAAACUUCAAAGUUUUGCGAUGGUUUGGCUGCGAAUUUUGAUGAUCGAUUAGCUCAAUUAUCUUGGGAUUGUCAUAAGAAUGAUGAUUUAACUGGUCAAAAUGCUUUCAUGUUUGAUUUUGAAAGUUUUCCAGGGCGUACAUAUUGUUUAGAAACUCGACAAGCGCCAAACAAGAAAGGAACAAGUUUUUUACAAUAUAUUAAGAAAGCGUUACAAUAUUUAACAAUUUUGUCGUUUGAACAAGAAGCUGAAGGUUACUUUGAAUAUUUGAAAUUAUCUAAAUGAAUUUCCAAAUUUUUCAGCGAACUCCGAAACGCUGGUGAUUUUCAGAAGAUAUAAUUCAUCUACAAAAACUAUCGAAUUAUGUUGGGAACAAAAAAAUCUGUGGAAAUCGUUUUGAUGUUUUAGCUGGAUAUUUUUUCGAUUUAAUGGAGAAACAUCACAAUUCUAUCACCAAUCUUUCAUUGGACUCUUAUGGAUAUAAUAGCAAAAAAAUCAUUGAUAAUGUGCAAUUCUACGAAUCGAGAUUCCCAAGAAGCUUGAAAAAUUUCUGUUUUUCUGGCGAUAUUUUGCACAUUCGAAAAUUCUACUCAUUUCAUUGUAUCCAAGUUGUUGCUGAAACUCGAUUAACUAUGAACGAAUUUGAAAUAUCAGACUUCAAACUUUCUUCAAUUUUGGAUAUUUGCAAAGAAUUCUUGAAUUUUUGGAAAGAUGGAGAUUUUCCGGAAAAUGUGGGACAAGUUGGGAUUCUGCGAAAACUUGAUGAUUUUAUUUCUAUGACACUUCUUCAAAAUGAUUGGAUUGUUAGAAAAUAUGGGUAAAUUUUUUUGUUAUUGAAACAAAAAACAUGUUUUUGAUUGAGCAUAUUAUUUAUCCUGAAAUUAAUUUUUUUCAGAGCUCCGCGAAUGUUCGAAAUCAUCGAAACAAAUUUGAUUGAAGUUGUUGGAAGAGCAUUGAUUACUUAUGAAAAUGUUAAAUAUAUGUUGAUAGUUACAAUUUCGAAUUGA